CGAAAAAAAGCAGGAACAUUUCGCAAUAAUCGAAAGAGAAAGUAAGCAAAGAGAAUCUUUCAUUGUUACAUUCAUCGUUUUAAACAUUUUAUGCAGAUGUAUGAAUCACUUGAAUUUUUUUCGAAGAAACUAAUAGCAGUUAGUUUUAUUUAAGAGUGUAUAAUCGUUACGCUAGCGUUACCUACAUGCCCACAAACCAACUUUGCUACCCUUCCAUUUGAUUCAUCUUGACGUGUUGUUUACAUUCAUGUGAUCACGAACACUAACGUAACAUUCAAAAUCUGUCACUUUUGUUGCGCUGUCUUGCGGCUAGCAGCAUGCUUUGACUUGCAGCACAUUAUAUGUUAUUCCUAGUAGCUAGAAUAAUUUCAAAAGUUUACAAAUUUAUUCUUAUAAAAUCAUACAAUGAGAAAUUUUCCUGUGCUUACAAACUCGAAACCUCAGUUCCGAGCUAUUCCCAGAAAACAGAAUCAGAUUCUCGCCAACCUUGGCGCACCACACAUAGAAUCGUUUAAUUACAUGCUAGACAAGGGUAUCGAUGAUGUCAUUCAACAUUUGGAUCCGGUCGAGUUUGAACUAGCAAACAAAAGUCGAAUCCAACUGAGGAUUGCAAAUUGCCACAUUGCAAAACCCACGAUUCCGCUAGGCCAAAUCAACGUACGAGAGAAACGUAUAUUCCCUUCCGAAUGUCGACAGAAGAACGAAAACUAUGCCGGCAUGUGUUCGGUAGUCGUGGACUGGAGCGUGGACGGACAGCCGAAGCCACCGAUAACGAAAGAUGUUGGUCCGCUUCCUGUGAUGCUACGAUCGAAAGCAUGCAAUCUGGAUGAAAUGUCGCCAGCUGAGCUGGUAGAACAGGGGGAACACGAGGAUGAAUGGGGAGGACAUUUUAUUGUACACGGACAGGAAAAACUGAUCCGUAUGUUGAUUAUGACCAGACGGAACUUUCCAAUUGCCUUGAAUAGAAACACGUGGAAAGACCGAGGAAAGGAUUUCAGUAGCACCGGUGUUAUGAUUCGUUGUGUCAGGACGGAUCAUACAUCCACGCAAAAUGUGCUUCAUUAUCUUGUGAAUGGAACAGCGAAACUUAUGUUUUCUAUUCGGAAAUCACUCACAUUUGUACCGAUCGUGAUGCUACUCAAGGCCCUCUCUAGUUUUACGGAUAAUGAAAUUUUCAAACGGUUGACGACCGGUUUCGAGGAAGACCAAUACUACAAACAUUGUAUCCAGAAUAUGCUUCGAGAACUGCAUGAGGAAGGCAUUCACAAUCAAGUUGAGUGCAAAUGUUAUAUAGGAAAUGUGUUUCGCUCAAAACUUACCUUUCUCCCGUCCUGGUACAGCAACGAAGAUCUAGCCAAUUAUCUGAUGAGGUCUUGUGUUCUAAUCCAUCUGGAGAAUGAUUUGGACAAGUUCAAUUUGCUGGUCGUCAUGAUGCAAAAAUUGUUUACGGCAGCUCAAGGUCGCUGCAAAACGGAAGGUGCCGACAGUGUGAUGAUGCAGGAACUGCUUCUCGGUGGCCAUCUCUACCAGAAGCUACUGCGGGAGCAUUUUGUUUCCUUUCUAAACGGAAUGAAGUUUAAUCUUCUGAAACUUUGCAGUGAUGUUGAUGCUUCCUUGAUGCAAAACGAUGUAAUUAUGGCAUGUAAAAAUACGUCAAAUUUUGAUCGAUCCUUCGGAAACUUUCUGGCUACGGGAAAUCUGCCCAAGGCUAGCGAAAUGGGUCUUAUGCAAGACUCCGGUUUGGUGAUAAUUGCCGAAAACAUCAAUCGAAUGCGGUACAUGUCGCAUUUUCGGGCUGUUCACCGUGGCUCGUUUUUUGUCACGAUGAGAACCACUGAAGCGCGGCAGCUGCUACCGGACGCGUGGGGAUUUAUUUGUCCGGUUCACACCCCCGAUGGCACACCUUGUGGCUUGCUGAACCACCUGACAUCUAAUUGUCUCGUUUCCGGCCGUCCGGAUCCAGUGAAAGUACGUAACAUCGAACAGUACUUGAUUCAAUAUGGAAUGCUUCCUGUGAAUGUUUUAUCCUUCGGAGAGAAUUACGCCAAAGAAAGCUUCCCAGUGAUGCUGGAAGGCAGGAUUAUCGGUAAUAUUCCUCGCAAUAUUGCAAGUCAAGUCGUACACCAACUUCGGUUGUUGAAAAUCGAAGGAAAGAGCAUACCGAACACCACCGAAAUUGUGCUAAUUCCUUUUGUAGAAGGGGGCCAAUAUCCGGGACUGUAUAUUUUUAUCGGAGCGGCACGAAUGGUACGUCCGGUGAUGAACCUGAUAGUGAACAAAGUCGAACUGAUCGGAACGUUCGAACAGGUGUACAUGGACAUUUGCAUUACGCCCGACGAAGCGUAUCCGAAAGUGACCACCCACAUGGAACUGUCGAAAACAUCCUUCCUCAGCAAUCUGGCUAUGUUGAUUCCGAUGCCCGAUUGCAAUCAGUCACCUCGUAACAUGUACCAGUGUCAAAUGGGUAAACAAACGAUGGGAACUCCCUGCCACAAUUGGCAGUUGCAGUGCAUAGCGAAAUUCUAUCGGUUGCAAACGCCCGCUACGCCACUCUUCCGACCGGUUCAUCAUGACAACAUCAAUCUGGACAAUUACGCCAUGGGAACGAAUGCUGUGGUGGCCGUUAUAUCUUAUACCGGUUAUGACAUGGAGGAUGCGAUGAUCAUUAAUAAAUCGGCUUUUGAGCGAGGCUUCGCCCACGGUACUGUGUACAAAAAUGAAAUGAUCGAACUGAAGGGAGAUAGUUUUUUCGCUCGUGAUCCACGUAAUGAAUACCUGAAACCCUACCUGGACAACGAUGGUCUUCCGUUCCGGAGUGCUCUGCUCACACAUAAAAAUCCUCUGUACUGCUACUUCGACACGGGCGAUCACACCUACCACGUGGUAAAGUUUGACGGUCAAGAAGAGGCAAUUGUGGACAACAUCAAGCUGUGUGCUGCAAUUUCGGGUAGCGCACCGAAACGGGCCGUCAUCACGUACAGAAUCGUGCGCAAUCCCAAUGUUGGUGAUAAAUUUGCUUCGCGAGCCGGUCAGAAAGGUAUCUGCUCUCAGAAAUGGCCAGCGGUUGAUCUUCCCUUCACUGAGUCGGGAAUGAUUCCAGAUAUCAUCUUUAAUCCGCAUGGGUUCCCCUCGCGAAUGACAAUUGCCAUGAUGAUCGAAACAAUGGCAGGGAAAACGGCAGCCUGUCACGGAUUGGUUCACGACGCAACACCUUUCCGGUUCACCGAGAACAACACGGCGAUUGAUUAUUUUGGACGACUACUGGAAACCAGCGGAUAUAAUUAUUUCGGAACGGAGCGCAUGUACAGUGGUGUAGAUGGACGUGAAAUGAAAGCGGAUAUCUUUUUCGGGAUUGUCCACUAUCAGCGUUUGCGUCAUAUGGUUUCGGAUAAAUGGCAGGUCCGUUCAACUGGUCCGCUAGAUCAGCUGACUCAUCAACCGAACAAAGGUCGUUCGCGGGGUGGUGGUGUUCGUUUUGGCGAAAUGGAACGAGACGCGUUGAUAGCGCAUGGUGCUUCAUUUCUGCUACAAGACCGGCUGUUCCAUGGUUCCGACAAAAUAACCACACUGAUUUGCAAAGGAUGCGGUACGUUGCUUGGACCGAUCGGCAGCAUCACCAAGAAGGUGGCGUCGAAUACGGCGGAAACGCAACGGACACCGGCCACCUGCAGACUCUGCCAAAGCGACCGUGACAUAGGGUACGUGGAAAUCCCGUACAUUUUUAGGUUCCUGGUGUCACAGCUAACCGCCAUGAACAUCAAUGUAAAGUUAGAGCUGGCAACUCCAUCGGUGUGAAAAUUGAUAAUAAAUUGUUAA